UUGCACACUUGACAGAAGGCUUUUAAUGUUUGGUAUUUAAAUCCAAGGUAGUCAUUGACGUCAUAAAGUAAAUGAAAUAUUUGACACUGUUCCAAUGCCAAUUAUGUUCAUGUUCAAUAUACAAGAUUUGGAAAUCCCAGUGCCCCAAGACCUGCUGGACAGCACACACAGCUACGACCAUCUAAGCUAAAGAUCUUCACGAAGGGACAGAAAAUGGAUCCAGCUGAACGACAAGCUUUACACAACGUUAAAGAGGAAUUACAGAACUGUGCUGUUAUCACAGACAAAAUGCUGGUUCAUCUUCUACAAAAUCAGAAAAUCACAAAAGCUGAAAAAUAUGAACUAUCUAGACAUGCAGCCAACUGCCAAAGAGUGAAAAGAAUACUGCAAAUUGUGAAGAAUCGAAGAGAGCCAUUGAAGACUCUUAUUGAUGCAUUGCUUCUUGAUUUGAAAAAUGACUACAUUGUUCAGAAGCUCAAGAAGAAAGUGAGAUUUUGCCGUAAACGUCUCCAAGCUCAGGAAAACCAGACAUCUUCCUAUUUUGGACAGCUAGAUGAUGUGGCCGAUAUACUCUACACUCGUGGCUACUUAACAAUACACGGAGAAUCUAAAAAGGUCACAGCAGGGACAAGUCACCAAGCGCUUGUUGAAGACCUCACCAAAUUUGUGGGCGACAUCAGCAAAUGUCGUCAGAGCUUGGAACCUUCCAGUGAGAGACAGAGUUUUCAAGAAAUAAUUGCCGAGUAUAAAGAAAAGAAACACCAAGAAAUCGAAAAUGCCAAACUUGUGUGUGCAAAACUUGUAAAGAGCAAAAACAGUGAUUUGGAAGAAAAACAGAACCACAUCAGAGACCUGCAAGGAGAACUUACGAAGCUGAAAACAGAAAAUGAGUCUAUGCGCAAGAAAAUGGGAAUUGAAAUAAAAAACAAAGUACAGGAGAAUGUGGACCGUCUGCUGAUGCUUCCCCGCCUGUCUCCCACAGACCCCGUCCCGUACGUGGAGACUGAAGAAGACAUACUGGAUAAAAAGUUACGUCAGCUUCCCUCCAAACACCCAGAACCUCAGGAGCAUGCUGAUUCUGACUCUGAAUCUGACUGCGAAUCUGACAGUGAUGUCCCUGUGUCAAGUAAAAUGACCACCUCAAGUGCUCAAAAAGGAACCAAAAUUGUCCAUAACUACAACAUCUACAACAACCACAUGUAUAGUGACGCCAAAGUUUAUCAAAAUUAGAUGUCAUUCCGUACUGGCUAGUUGAUCAAAUAUUCCUUUUUACUAUUGUUAUACAUAUUUGUUCUCUUUAUAGAUUUGUUACUAAUAAAAAUUUUUAAAACUUUUC